CGCGGAGAGCCCGCCGCUUCCUCCUCCCCCUCCUCCUCCUCUUCCUCCUCCCCCCCCGCCCGCCCCGCUCUGCCCUCGGUGCCGGCGGCCGGGCCCCCCCCGGGACGCCCAUCCCAGCAUGGCACGGCGCGGCCGCUUGCAGCGCCUCUUCGGCCGGGGCCAGCAGGACGAGCCCGAGCCCCUGCCCCAGCCCCAGCCCGAGGGGGCGGCCGCCGCCGUGGCCGAGCGGCGCCCCGCGUUCCCCCCGUGGCGCCCGAGGAGGAGGAGGAGGAAGGAGCCGUCGCCGGAGCCGCCGCGAUACUAUGAUAUAUCAGGUAGACGCUAUACUGUACAAGAAAACCAACUACCAUCAAUAAUCUGUCCACACGCUUACGUUAUUCCAGCGAUAUCAAUGUCUACUGCCUCAUUACCAGCAGCACUUAGAAAGUCCACCUCACAAUUUCCAGAUUGUUCGAGAGAAGAGCAUAAAAAGAAACCGGUUUUGGAAAGGCUUGGGAAUUUGUUUGGUACAGGGAAAAGGAAAAAUGUCAAAAGUUCGUUAGAUCACACUUCACAUUGGAAAGGGGAGAGGUUGGUUUUGCCUCACAAAGUGCAGCCAAUAUACUGUAAACAUCUAAAAGAAGGACCUGAAGCUCUUCCAGUACAGAAGCAAGUGAGAAACGUGAGUGGUGUCUCUGAGACACAGGAAUAUAAUUUCAGUGGGGAAGUAGGAACUCUGUGUCACGAUACGAUUUCAGAAUGGAGUGGUAGAGGAGUCUCUUCUGACAGCGAGUGGUCACCAGAUUGGAGCAGCAGCAGUGAAACCAUUAAAAACUCUUUCUUUGAGAGUAGCCUGAAUGUGGAAACGUUGGAACCAGAGAAGGAGUCUGUCACAGAUAUAAAUAAUUCCACAACUCCAGAUUUUAUAAAAAGCUUGAGGAAUUUGUCUAGUGAAGAUUUAGAAAAGAGUAUCUUAAGCCACAAGCAGCUAGUGAACACGUGGGUGUCUGAGGAGCCUGGGCAUGCAACGCCAAAGGAUUUGCCAUACAAGCUGGAAACUGUGGCCAGUGAACGCCCACAUUCUGCUAGAGUGCUAACAGUUGAUAUCUAUCUUAGAAAAACAGACGAGCUCCUUAAUGAACCUGUGACUGUUAUAUCAGAAGAGAGUUGUGGUGAUUCAGACACAAUGGAUAAGAAAUCUGCUAAUAAAAGAUCUGGAAAAAGAAGAAAAUCUCAGUCAUCUAGUGAUAUUCCAAAUGGAGAGAGAAACCAGACGGAGAAUACUGCAAGAGAAGAUUCUGUUUUUGAGGAUGAUGUCCCUUCUGAGGUGUUUUCAGACAAAGUUAUAAACUCGGAAAGAAAACUGAAGUCUCCUCAACAGACUCCUGAAAGGAAUUCCUUUUCCCCAGGUAAUAACCCGGACCUAAAAGUUGUAUCUUCUCACAAAGGCACAUCCAAAAACGAAACUGACAAAUGUAAACAGCAGAUCUCAACCACUACCCCUGGAAGGAGAAGGUCAUAUAAAAAGAACCAGUUGGAUUCUGUCCCCACUUCCCCUACUGGUUUGAAGAGUCAGAUAAAAGAUUACUCCUCAAAAAAGCAACCUUUAGCACCAACGGAGAGUACCCCAAUGACAAAAAGAACUUCAGUGGAAAAGGGAACUACACCUGGGGCUUUUGGGGAAGACAGCUUGGAGUCUCCUAAAGCUUCUUUGGCCGAUAAGACAGAAAACAAUGCCUUGGCUUCUUCUGAAGGCAGAAAUGAAACCAAGACAGGAAAGCAUGGUAAUGAUUCUGAUGGAAGAGCUUUCUCACGUACCGAUGGGAUUAAAAAUGGAGACCUAUACAUGUCAGCUGAGAGACAGACAAGUUCUGAUUUAGACAGCUUGAAGCUGAAGAGUUUGGAUGCUUCCAAAAUAGUCACGACAAAAAUUAGCCUUCCAGCCAAGCCGAAGAACGUAGAACUGAAUUUUAAAGCACCUACAAAUCAAGACAGUUUAGAAAGUGAGCAGGAUACUCUUGAAAAACCAGUUAAUAAAACUAAUAGCAGCAUUGCCAACAAAAUCUCCUUGUUUGAAAAUAAAUGUGCUAACCAGAGCCAGAAGCCUCCUGACAUCUCUGCUUCAAAAAAUAGUACUGUCCCGAGCACAUUUGUUGGCAGAGCAAAGCUGAAAUUUGGAAAACAACCUAAGGAAAGUGAAUUGCCUGAUAAAACGUUAAAUAAGCAAAACAGUCGCCAGAAGAUAUUUGAGAAUGGCACAUCAGAGAAAGAAAGCACCGUGGAAUUAAAAGGCAAAACUGAAGAAGGCUCUGCAUCUCACGAGGACGUUGGGAAGGCAACAGAACUUAAAGUAAAAGCUGCAAUAUCCCUUUUUAACCAAAGUAGCAAAAUUGAUGCUACCAGUGUCUCUCUGAAGCAACUCGAUCCAGAAUUAACCACAGCUAAAAAAGAAAGUCCACCGUUUAAACUGUCUUUGCUCUCACCUGUUAAAAGUGAAAGCGCUCAAGACAAUUCCUCCCAGAGAAAUAACACAAGCUCAGAAUUCCCCAGAAAUGAAGAAAAGGUGCUGUCAGAGGUUUUAUCACCUUGCAGCGAUGAUAAAUGUCCUCUACAAUCUCCUCAGGUUUCUAAAUCAGAACCUCAGAAGAUGGAGAAUGGAGAUAAAAAGGCAAAGCCUGAAGAUUUGAGCUUUGAGGCACUGCAGCAUGAUGACAGCAGUCUAGGUAAUAUAUUGGUAUCAGAGCACAACAACGAUGCACAAACGAGCCCAGGCAAAACUUACAAUGGCUCUGCUGAAGAUGAUAGUAUUUUUGAUUCCCCAACUGACAUGAAGAAGUUCGCUGAAACAAUAAAAAACUUAGACAGCUCAGUUUGUUUACCACAGAAGAAGAAAAGGUCGAAGCUUCCCAAGUCCCCAGCACCCCACUUCGCAAUGCCUCCAAUUCAUGAAGACAACUUAGAGAAAGUAUUUGAUCCUAGUGUAUUUACCUUUGGUUUGGGACUGAGAAGGGAAAAAACACAGGAUCUGUUACCAGCCCAACAGAUUAAAAUGCAAAGUUUGGAAACGAUAGCCAGAGUGAGGCCCAAGCGUGCAUCGACAGAGCAGAGCAUAAUAUUUAAAGCCCUGCAGUCAUGUAAUAGAGACGAACCUGCCUUUACUCAGGAAAUAAAUGGAAAAGAGAUCAAUGAUGGUACAGAUGGUGAAGUUAAGAGAUCCCGUCUUGAAAAAAGCUCACUCUUCUCAAGCUUGCUGUCAUCUACAUCUAAAGAAAAGUUUCUUAAUCCUUCUGUGACUUCAGUAAAUAGCACAACAGCUUUUACAGCUGACUCCUCAGGGAUGCCUUCUUUACAACAAGAUGUUCCUGGGCCGUUCAACAUGCCUCAGAAAUCGGAGUGUCUUUCAGAUAUGAAGUUCCCAAGUUAUGUGGAGAAGUACAUGCAACCAGAUAGUGCAAAAAAAGAUCUAAGCUUACAAAUGCCUAACUAUGGGAACCCUGAGAAAAGUUUUUCCAGCUGGUUAGGGACAAGCAGAUAUGAAUCAAAUGUCCCCACUGGUUUAUUAGAUGUGGAUGCACUUGCAAGAAAUGGACAGAGUAAAAUCAAUCCCAGACCUGGAAAGUUGGUGAUAUACUGUGAAUCAGACUAUCAAGAGAAUGGUAUUGAAGUUUUCCAUGAUGUUGUGGAUUGCAGUUCUUGGGUUCUGUCACCAACAAUUUUAGUUAAAGUCAUCAGAGGAUGCUGGAUACUCUAUGAGAAACCAAAUUUUGAAGGCCCCUCUGUUCCUCUGGAAGAAGGAGAGCUGGAACUCUCAGAUAUCUGGGGUGCGAGUACAUCUGAAGAGCAAAAUGAAUGCAAAUCUCUAAAGCCUGUGGUGAUUGGUUCAAUAAGACAUGUUGUUAAGGAUUACAGGGUCAGCCGAAUUGAUUUGUACACAGAACCUGAAGGGCUUGGAAUCGUGACUUCCUUUUUUGACGACACUGAAGAAACAGGGGUGUUUGGCACCACUCAGAAGACUUGUUCUAUUAAAGUACACUGGGGCAUAUGGCUAAUUUAUGAAGAACCUGGUUUCCAGGGAGUCCCUUUAAUGCUGGAGCCUGGUGAAUAUCCUAAUUUAGCUUUCUGGGAGAAGAAAGAAGCCUACAUUAGGUCUAUGAGGCCCUUGAAAAUGGGUGGUCGCAAAGUUGAAUGUGCUGGAGAGCCAAAGGUAGUCAUUUAUGAGAAGCCUUUCUUUGAAGGAAGACAUGUGGAAGUAGAAUCAGAGAUCUUUAUGCUCAAUGACAAGGAAUCAGAAGAAAAGACGAGUCUUCCUCUUACAUCAGUGGGAUCCAUGAAAGUACUGGGAGGAAUCUGGGUUGCUUACGAGAAGCCUGGGUUUGAAGGCCAUCAGUAUUUGCUGGAAGAAGGAGCGUAUCGGGAUUGGAUGGACUGGGGUGGCUAUGAUGAAGAGUUGCAGUCACUGCGACCUGUUGUUGGCGACUUCACAAGCUCCCAUAUGAUAAUGUACAGUGAAAAAGACUUUGGAUCAAAGGGUUCUAAUAUUAAUGUGUUAGGAAUUAUUUCCAAUUUGAAAGACACUGGAUAUGGGCUGAGAACGCAAUCUAUAAAUGUGCUAAGUGGCGUGUGGGUGGCAUAUGAGAAUCCUGAGUUUACAGGGGAGCAGUACAUACUGGAUAAAGGGCUAUAUCCCAGCAUUGAGGCAUGGGGGGGGAAGAAUUGCAAAAUAUCUUCAGUUCAACCCAUUGUUACGGAUAUUGUUGGAAGUGAAAGGGGUAAAGUCAAGGUCCAGUUAUUUUCAGAGCCUGAAUUCAAGGGUAACUGCCAAAUAUUUGGAAAAAACACAAGAUGUAUUGAUUCAUUUGCAGUGAAGUCUUCAAAAGUUUUAGGUGGCAGCUGCAUAGUGUUUGACCAGGAGGAAUUCUCUGGUAACCAGUAUGUGUUAGAAGAAGGAAUCUAUCCUGAUCUGAUGGCAAUGGGUUGUUCACCCCAAACAGUUCUAAAAUCUUUACGGAUUAUAAAUACUGAGCUGUCUGAGCCAUGCAUAGCUCUUUUUGAAAAGGUGCAUUUCCAAGGAAAGAAAAUCGAAUUCAGUACAGAAAUAUUAAAUCUGCAGUUCCUGGGAUACAAUCCUCGAAUAGCUUCAGUUCAAGUCCUUGGUGGCACAUGGAUAAUUUAUGAGCAUAGUAAUUACAGGGGGCGUCAGAUGUUUUUAUCACCAAAUGAAAUUCCAGAUUGGUAUAAACUGAGUGGCUGUCGUCAGAUAGGUUCUCUGAGACCUUUACUGCAGAAACGUGUGUACUUCAGGCUCCGUAACAAGGAAACAGGAAAGUUUGUGUCAACGGAUGGAAAUUUAGACAACUUGAAUCUUCUCAGAAUACAGGUUGCCGAAGAUACAGACUCAGAGGAUCAAAUCUGGGUUUAUCAGGAUGGAUUCAUAAGAUGCCGGAUGGCAGAGGAUUGCUGCUUGACAAUUGUUGGAAAUCUUAUAACUCCUGGCUCUAAACUCGGCCUGUCAUUUGAGCGGAAUGAAGACAAACAAUAUUGGCAUAUUAGUCCUGAUGGCAGGAUUUACAGCAAGAUGAAGCCUAAGCUGGUUUUAGAUAUCAAAGGGGGCACACAAUACGAUCGCGAUCACGUUGUUGUCAACACAGUCAACGAAGAAAGGCUAACGCAGUGCUGGGAACCACUCGUUGUGUAACUCCAAACGAGCAGCGGUGACAUGUGGGUCGGGCGCUAUUCUGGACACUAGAAUCGGCACUGCCAUCCUUGAAGGAUGCAGGAUCAACAACCAGAGAUCUGUCUUUUCUUUGCAGUUAAAAAGAACAAGCAACAGAAUAACUUGACAUCUCUUUAGCUAAGGUUAUUAACCCCAUGAAAGCUUGAGUAUCUCUCAACCUUCUUUUAAUCAUCGCAAUGCAAAGUGAGAUAGAGAAUGGUGGCGUGCCUCGGGCGAGUGUGGAAGAACUAGAGGUGGGAGAGACCCCGCAGUUACAAUCAUGUCAGGGAGUAGUUAAUCCAGAAUAGUCAAGAAGUGUAAUUUUAAAUUAUUUUUAAAGUUUCUUUUUUAACAGAGAGAAGGGCUAAAAAAACAAUUAAAGCUUAUUUUAUAAAGGACAGGAGUGCAAUGUGUAUGUGGGUAUAGCAACUUAGGCCUAUGGGCUGUAGUAUAGAGGAAUAUUCACUACUGAAAAUUAAUAUAUUGGUUUCACUGGAACAAACUUAUGUUUACUGAAAGCUUAAAGACUUCUAGCACACAGCAAAUCCAAAGAAUUUUUAACACGUGCCUUCAAAUCUUUGCUAAUAGUAUGCUAAAAUAGUAAGUCCUAAAUUAAGAAAAAAAAAUUCUCAUGUAGAGAAAAGAUAUAAAUGAGUAGAUGUUUUUUAGAAAAAUACAGGGCUGACAAAAUAAUUUAUAAGAAUGUGAAGAGCUUGCCUGCCCACUUCCUAGGCUGCCUGAUUUUUUGUUACAAGUAUUUUACUUCUUUGCCAAGUCAUAUUUUCACCUUUUUAAAACAGCUCCAGUAAAUGCAGUCUUCCUGAACUCUAGAAUCAUUUGCCAUAUAG